GGGGAAUCUGAUUUGGAUUUUGCAUCAAUUAUGGUUCAGGCUUUGAAUUUGAUCUUACUUACAUCAUCAGAACUAUCUGAGAUUAGAGUUCUUUUGAAGCAAUCAUUGGUAAAUCCUGCCGGAAAGGAUUUAUUUGUUUCUUUGUAUGCCUCAUGGUGUCAUUCUCCAAUGGCGAUUAUCAGUCUUUGCUUCUUAGCUCAGACUUACCAACAUGCUAGUACUGUGAUUCAAUCUCUGGUAGAGGAGGAUAUUAAUGUCAAAUUUUUAGUACAACUGGACAAAUUGAUUCGUUUGCUAGAAACUCCAGUCUUCGCUUAUCUAAGAUUGCAGCUUCUGGAGCCUGGAAGAUAUACAUGGUUAUUUAAAGCACUGUAUGGCCUUCUGAUGUUGCUUCCUCAGCAAAGUGCCGCCUUCAAGAUACUAAAAACUCGUUUGAAAGCCGUGCCAUCGUAUUCUUUCAAUGGUGAACAAUUGAAGAAAACAUCCUCUGGGAACCCCUAUCAAUUUCUCCAACACAUGUCUGGUGGAUCUCACACAGCAGAGGAUGGCGACGUAGCUGUGGACAGUGGGAACUCACACAAUGGAAUCAAUUUUGUUGCAAGGCUAAAUCAGUUUCAGCAAAUGCAGCAACAGCAUCGCGAACAUUUUAGAGCACAGGCACAGACACGCAAAAAUUCCACCUCAGUAGCAAAGGAGGAGGAGGUACAAAGGCAAGAAGAAGAAACCAAGAGACCUCAUUUGAAUGAGCUUAAUGCUCCAAGAUCAUUCAAGAGAGCUAUAGCUAAAUGUUAUUGAAUCAGUAUUAUUAUGCACUGAUCCAAUCCCAGUGUAUGUGUAGAACUUUGAAUGGGAUAGGGUAUUGAUUUGUAAAAUUGUUGUAAAUCAUAAUAGCAGAUCCUUUUAUUCUACUGCUACUUAUCAUCAUCAUCAUCAUCAUCAUAGAAGAAAGUUGGGAUGGUGAAAAAUGGAUUUUGGAAUGAAGAUAAAACUUGGGCUUUGCUGGGCCAGGCCAGGCUAUUCUUUUGAUCUUGUAAACUUGAUAGAUACUCACAUGGUUCUGUUGUUUUUGUUGAAAACCGUGUGGGACAGAGGGGAUACUUCAUUUUAGAAAACAAGUUGUUCAUUGUUUAGUACUUGUUUUUCAUGUGGCUUUAUGCAUACAAUUACAUACUAUAUAAUAAUCAUAUGAUAAAGAAAUUAGAUGCUUGCUUAAUGCUUUAGUGUCUAAGUUGGCGUAUUACAAGACGCGUGAUUUUGUAUUUUGUUGUAAACUUGUGAUUACUUGAAGUUGUAAACACAUUUUUUUCCUGCA